AUGGGUGUGCCAUUCGAAGCUCUCCUCCCAUACGCUGUCUGUAUCGGGUUCUUUGGCUUGACUGGUGCGGGACUCUCGAAGAUCAGGCAUAUGCAAAAUGGUGGAAAGAGGGGUCGGCAUUCGGUGGAUCAAUGGGACAGACAAAUGAUGGACAGAGAUCGGAGACUUACAGGCUUCCUGAGAGGGCAGACAGACAAUGUCAGAGCUCCAGCAGGCUUUGAGUUGAGCAAUCCAUGGCGGAUCGAGAAAGGGAUCUACUAG